GGCAUCUAAGAACUGCAGAGAUGUUGGUAGAUUAUUACUGUGGGGCAUAUUGCUGCUGUCUAAGCAAGUGUCCUGCUGCUAAAUGGCUGCUAGGGUGAAUUUGGGUACAGGUGGGGGGGAAAGAACUUGAAGAAAAUGAGAAUUGAAGGGAGACUAGUAGGAAAUGGAAAACCCCAAAUACUGGAUUCCUCCUGGAUUGUCAGGGUGGUAAACAGUUUGCCAAGCAAGAAACCGUAGCUGAAGCCUGUUUUAGGGAGAGAAGAUGUCAGUAUUGACUGAGUCCAAAGUAACCACUUGGGGUUUUUUAAUUGUUUACUUAUUUCUGAGCCCAUCAAGAUUUAUGCACUCCACUGUCCCUCGGGAUUGCUAUCCUUGUAUGUCAACACUUGCCCCCACACAUUUACCCUCCCCUUUUCUUCACUUGGCUCAUUUUUUGCCUGCUUUUCCCUAAAGAUGAAGCAAAACAAAUGUUCUGCUGCCAAGACCCUUACUCAAAAUAGUCCUGCAGCUUUGGGAUCAGGAGAGUUACCUGACCUUUCAGCCAAUACACCAUUUGCAUGUUUGUGUCUCAGAGUGUGCACCUUUUUAUUGUGGUCAUGUCCUGCAGCUCCCCUUAGUACAGAUUUCUGCAUGACCCUACGUAAAGUCACUGUGCAGUGCAGGAGACCUUGAUUUCCUGUCUCUAACUCCCCUUCUGUGCUUCCAUUUCACAUUCUACUGAGGACUCAAAAUGGCUGCAGAUAGAAAAUCCACAUGGAGUUUUUGCCAGCUGUGGGGUGAGAUCCAGGUGGAGAGAGUUUUCAGGUGUGGAUGCAUGCUGUGCAUAGGAUUUUGAAAAAGUAGGGGGCUUUUGUUUAGGACAGGUAAUGGAUAUCUACUUUCCGCUGUCGUAGCUUUUACUGUGCUACAGCUUCUAUUUUAACUGUGUCAUGAAAGAAGGAGCUACCUUGAAAAUCUUUCAGGGCUGUUGAUAAAAAAAUCCACUGGGCUGGGAAGGAGUCUGUGCUAUGAGUGUCUGUCCUUAUGCACCUUUGUUUGGGCUCUGGCUGAGGAGGAACUUGCUGUAUGUAACGCUAGUCAGCGGCCGUGCUGCCUGAAUCGUUGCUCUGACUUAGCCUGUGCAUCAUGCUAAUGGAGUUUGCUACAUGGCUGCAAAAAGGGACUGGUAAGAAGAAUGUCCCCAGGUUGUUUUCACACCAUCUGGAGUCUCCUUCUGUCAAACCUUCUUGUGUCAGGAAGAUUGAGGCAGAAGAGAGAUAAAUAGGCUCCUGGGAGAUUUGGGAUGGAGAUUCUCAUCAUCUUAUUCAUGUCUGUUCAGCAUGAUUGAAGCUGCAGCCUGUAUAUUGAUCUAUACGCUAAAUGAAGUCAUUGUGCAUCCCCUGGACUCAUGCCCUGAACUUGGGUUUUGUUCUACUGGUGCCUCGCACUCUUAAAAUAGGUUCAUGUCAAAGGAAAGCAGGGGGAGGAGUAGAUUUCUUGUCUGCCUUGGUAGGAUUUCUGGCAACAACUUAAGAGGGAACAAGUGUUUGUCAGUGUACUUUGAAGGCAGUUCAGUGAUACCAGUCUAGAUCUGUCCCACUCACAAGGCACGUGUUGUUUUGAAGUACUCAUCAAUGCUUUGUAUUUUGUUAUGUGUUGGGUUUGGUUUUUUUUCUUCCUCUCAACAGAUGCUACAGCUGCCACCGCCCCAGUCCCUACAGCAGAAGUUGGUACUUCUCAGGAGGUCGACCAGGUGUUUGAACCGGCUGAUACCUUGCCCUCCAGGAGCGAGGCAGCUGCUGUGCAGCCCGUUAUUGGGAUCAGUCAGAGAGUGCAGAUGAACUCCAAAAAAAAGAAGGACUUAGGGACACUAGGGUAUGUGCUGGGGCUGAUCAUGACAGUGAUAAUCAUUGUCAUCGGAGCUGGCAUUAUCCUGGGAUACAGCUAUAAGAGGGGGAAAGACCUGAAGGAAAAGUAUGAACAGAAAGUUUAUGAGCGUGAAAUGCAGCGCAUCACACUGCCACUGUCAGCGUUCACCAAUCCUGCCUGUGAGCUUGUAGAGGAGAACACAAUCGUGGUGCACACCAACCAGACGCCUGUGGAGGACACGCACGAUGGCAGUGGCCCGCUCAUGGGGCAGGCGGGUACUCCUGGUGCCUGAGCAGCUCAGGCAGGAGCGAUGCAGGCUGAGCAAAGCCUCCAGCUUCCCACUGUGAGUGCAGGGGUUGCGUGUGUUCAUUUCUAUUUUGUUUUCUUUUUGAUGAAAGCCAGAUGAAGGCGAUGCGGAGAGAUAGAGCAAUAGGCUAUUCAUCACGAUCUGUUUGAGGGACACCAUUCAAUGCAUGACCAGCUGGGGACUGGUGUGGUGGACCCUGCUGCUUCCUCCCACCUAACCUCCAUGGUGUGCCAAGGAGCUGGGGGGGGAUGAUGGGCCAGGCUCACAACUGGCCACAGAUCCCACAGCCCAGAGUGUGAUCUUGGCUUCCUCUUUUUCUGUUCCUUUCCUAUUUAACGGUGUGCACUGUUACUUAAGUUUCAGCCUGGAACCCCAGGAGGGAGCAGUACUGCAGGGACUGAGGGGAGCUUCACGUCAGACUUAGCUAGAUAAUUACACUCCGAUUAUAGUUCCUGCCUUUUUGCUUUAGUGGCUGAGAGCUGGAGACACUGUCCAGGAUCCUGCUACUGGAUCAGGUUUUUUUCCAAGGAGGAGUUUAUUGGCGGGAUGGCUUUGGCCAGGAGCAGUAUGUUUAGCCCCGGUGUCAAUUUGGAAAAGCUCUUCUUGAGCUCUUGACAAAUCCAGGUCUUCCAGGGCUGAGGCCACAUCUCCAUUCCCCUGUGGUGCUACAUACACAGCCACAGUUGUAGGUGUUCAGGUGGUCUAUGACUCCUGCUUGCUUACUUAAACAGAUCAGGAGACCAAAGGCCAGCAGUAGAUGUGGAGUGAAGAAAACAAGCUGCCCUUCAGUUACCUACGGGAGGUUGAGCACUGAGAAUAGGUAAUGUUCUCUUCCAAAUUCCCUGGGCUUUCUACAGAGCCAGCUCUGGACAGAGUGGCCAAGCUGGCUGUGGAGGUCACCCUGGCCAUAGUGCAGCAGCUCUUGCUCUAAGAGCAGGACAGGGCAGCUGCUCUUGCAAGAUCCCAAAGUUACAGCAUGGCUCCUGGCCCAGCCUCCUUCACCCACACUCAGCUUGUGCAGCAAGACUACUUGCUGACAGAGCUUGGCCCUAUUAGAGAGGUUUUGUAACAACUUUUAUCAGCGUUUCAGGUGGUUUGAAGGGAUAGUUGCUGCAGUGUCUCCCAAAUGGCACCAAGGCAAGGCCAGUUCAGGGAAACAUCCAUCCCCACCUUAGGGGAUUCAAGCCAUUCAAGUAAGUUUUCUAGCCAUCUAGUUUAUAGCUGUGGGGCUAACAGGGAACAGCACUUGGCAGCAGGGGUUUUAGUGUUAAUGUUUGAUUCAGAAAAGGGAAACGUUUUAUUUUUAAAUGCCUUUGAAUACCUGUUCUUUGUAAAAUGUUUUAAAUACCUCAUUACGAGAAGGUGCAGAUUGUGCUACCUUGUAUUAAAGCUUAAAAGAAAAAUGCUCUGUAGACCUGUGUGGACUGUGGUUCAUCUGUACAUUCCUCCUGCCAGAGCUGCAUCCUUAACUUGUUGCAAACUUUGAAUUGAGGAGAAGGUAAGAUACCACUUCAGUUUGCCAGGCCUAAAGGUAUAAUCCCUACAAGCAGUGCUUCCGCUCACCAGCACUGACAAGAGGCAUGGAGCUUGUCUCCUUGCUGCCAGCAGCUAGUCUUGGACUGGGACACUGUUCCUGAAAAGCAGCUGUGGGCGUGUGAGCUCUGCUGACUCAGCAGGCUGGCCCGUGGGAAGACGUGCUCAGUUACAGCCCCUUCCUGCACUCACACAGGUCAGUUCUGCUUUGGUGCUGCUCAGCAGCAGCUCCAUCCCUCAGGGCCUUGCCUUGGAAAGCAUGAUGGAGACAGAGCACAGCAGGUUACAGGAGCCAC